UUGGCCAGUUGGGAUGUUCUAAAAGGGGCGUGAAGUUGACUAUUAGCAACUGGCUUCUGUGAUGCCAUACCUCUGGAGAGCCAAUGCAGUAUUGGCGGCGACCCGCACAAACGGAAUAACGCGACUCCACGUCGCAUUUUUACGCCAUAGAUAACUUAGUUUGAUUCAUUGAGACGUUUUUGAUGUCCCUCUGACUGACAUCAGUGUAUCAAAAGAACAGUGACCCGGCUCUCUGGACCUGGCUAACAUAGCUAGCUAGCCUGUUUUGCUAGGCUACUAGCAGUCGUUGAAUCGGCUAGGCUAAACCCAACAUUAGCAAAGGUUUGUUCCGCGCGCGGUGUCACAACGACUGAAUUUAAAACUACAUUUGACUCGAAGUUUCAUUCUGUAUUUGGUCAUCAAGUGGAAAACGUAGCCACUGUGAGCUACUUUACCGCGCUAGUUAUCUAUUAUAAAAGUCAGCAGUCACGCUCUCCCAACUAUCUGCUUGCGAGUUGGUGGGCUUUGUGCUGUGUUUAGCCAUCGCAUGCUAGCUAUCCCUUACGAAAGUUGAUGGUGAUCCCACACAAACGUUACGGAUAACGUUAAACUGGACUCGUCGUCGAUGGCCUGACAAGUGUUGUAAGGAACUGCGGAGACGACGGUGUUUAUUUUAUUAAGCAACGCUAAGUUCCCUCAACUGCAGAGGUUGCACGUCGGGCGGGCCUCGUUGAUUGCGAGCAAACAUGUAACAGCCUCGGUUGGAUUCCAAGAAGAAUACCAGCGUCAACUUGGAAGCAUGCACAAUUCCGGAGUCCUGCAGCAAGAAAAGAUGGAGCUGGACCUGGACAGCCCAUCUUCCUUAGUUCAGAGCGAUGGACAGCUGAGGAGAUCCAACAGUGCACCCAUGAUUAAUGGCCUCAGUGAUAACUCCCAAGUGUUCCAGAGAGAGGUCUUGCGAAGCCGCAGAAAUAGCACAACGGUCGUCAACAGGCCCAAUAUGGUUCCUUCCUCGCCUAUCCGGGUUCCCAGCACCAGACUUCAUCAGAUCAAACAAGAAGAGGGUGUCGAUGUGAUGAACAGAGAAACUGCACAUGAGCGGGAAGUGCAAGCUGCUAUGCAAAUAAGCCAGUCCUGGGAGGAAAGUCUGAGUCUGAGCGACAAUGAUUUGGAAAAAUCUGCGUCAUCAUCCCCUAAGCGCAUCGACUUUGUGCCCGUGUCCCCAGCACCAUCCCCAACCAGAGGAAUAGGGAAAAAGCAGUGUUUCUCUCCGUCUCUACAAAUCCUCGUGAGCAGCAAUGGCCUCACUCCCAGUCCUAUACCGAGUCCAACGCGGCGCUUUGGCCGUCGGAGCCAGAGUCCUAUCAACUGCAUCCGAGCUAGCAUACUUGGACCUAUAAAGCGCAAAGGUGAGAUGGAGAUAGAGAGUCAGCCAAAAAGGCUCUUUCAGGGCACCACCACCAUGUUGUCCUCAGAUGUCUCCAACCUGUCUGAUCUGGGCUCCUGUCACUCUCCAGAUGGAUUGCUGGACGGCAGCCUGAGCAGCGUCUGCUCCUCCACAGACUCCCCGGGCAAAAUGGAGGGAGUGUCCCCCUCGUCGUCCAGCAACUCUCCCUUCGCCUCCCUCCAGGAUUUGUCUCCAAAGUGAGACCGCUAUGGCAACACAAUCUUUUUCUUUUUCACCCCGUACUUUUUUUAGAGCCGCCACAUCAGCGCUGCCUAGAAGAAUCCAUGUGUGCUUUAUAAUGCCUGGUGGCUUGAUCUUGCGGUCAUGCAGUUUGUCAGGAAGUCAAAGCCAUGACUGAAUUGUUGUGUGGAGGUAAAUCUAGUGAGUAGAGUUGUGUAGGCGCGGGGGUAAGUCGAAUGAACCUGGGAAAGACGGAGGAUGCUGAGCACAAGCUGCUAGUCUUUGGAUGGUGCUUGGCUUCACACUGGCAUUUAUUCUCCAACUAGCUGUCAUCCACGCGUCCUCUCAGAUGAGACAUGAAGCACUGGAUGAAAAAAAGUAUCUGGAUAGGUGUAUGUGUCCCCUUCUUUGUGCUGGAACCUUUUUGUCCAUUAUGUUUUAUAUGUACAGUCUGCAGAUUUUGUAAGAAAAGAUUUAACUUAUUGUUUCUCCAAUUUUUGCUUUUAUGUACAUAAUUCCUCUUGUGUGUAGAAGUUUGAGUGCUGAGGUGAAUGAGGCCAGGGAUACAUGGGAAAUCUUACUGUCCUACUCAGAUUUUUCCCAUCAUAGGGUUGAAACUGUGGUGUUUUUGUUUUAAGUGGCUUGUGUUUGCCUCCCAUGUCAUAUUUCCUGUAGGAGCAGUGGAUUUCAUAGUUUUUAGUGUUUAACGCUAAAGACGUCUGGAUUGUUGUACAGUUUUCCUGCCCUUUUUUUUGUCUUGAAGAAAAAUUAUUUAUGGUUUAAAAAAUCUAUAAAUAUAUAUACACAUAUAUUUCAUAUAUAUAUGAAAUACAAUGGAGGUAAGGUUCUAUCUCCAGUAGACGUGAACGUAUGUGUUGUCAUUGUAAUCAGACUGCAGUCAUAUGCAGCUAAAAUCCAAAUGACACCAUUUCUGUUAUGAAAGGCUGCUGUUCCUGCUGUGGUUGUUGUUGCACAGGGUACCCGUUUCUUGUUUUGUUUUCUUGUUCAGCCUGUGUUAAGUCUUAAGUGGGGAAGUUUAUUAAAACAAGAAAAGGUCAAAACAGUAUGUCGAGGUUAAGCCUGUACUGUGAUUUUUGCACCUGCAUUUGUUCAACUGUCCUUGUAGCCUCCGUGGACAAACAAGGAUGUGAUUGUAAUCCUUUUUAAGGGGUUGUGCCCCUUUUUACUAUGAAGAAAAGCUUGUUUGCAGUUAUAUAACUGAAUGUUUUUAUCCCCCCCCCCCCUUCCCCUAAAUUAGAACACAGAAAAACUGCGUGCUUGUCAAUGCAAGACAUUUUUCCAGGGCAUGAUGAUUUAGUGACUUUCAGUGUCAACCUGAGCUUUUGCUUUUUCGCUCAUAUCAAACAAAGACUAAAUAAAUUAUUUCUUUAUGAA